CAAGAACAGUGUUCUUAACCGCUGAGCCAUCUCUCCAGGCCCUCAUUUGGUAAUUUUUAUGAAAAUCAAGUCUUCAACUUAAACAGUAAGUUUAAAGUCCAACAUCCUAACAGAGUUGAAAGACACGCUGACAGACAUGCUAACUUGAUGCUCAUACACUAAAGGAUGACAGUAAGAAUGUAUUAAGUCUUUGUUUUCCGUAAUUAAGGCAUCAUAUUCCUGUGAGAGCAGAGAACUGGGCCAGGCAUGGCGGUGCGCACUUCUAAUCCUAGACAGAAGCAGGUGGAUCUCUGUGAGUUCCAGACCAACCAAUGCUACACAGAGAACUCAUAUACACUAGAAACACCGCUGUUCAUAGCAAACCAUUCUGAGCUGGAAGCUCCCACUGCCUGGGUUUCCCACCUGGAAAGCCAUGGGGGUGGGGGGCUCCUGGGCUGAGGACCGAGAUAGGCCUAACCCACCCCUCCCCUCUGAGCACAUUCCAGAGCCCUUCCGUGGCAGGAUGCUGACAGCUAAGAACAGUUAAUAAUUAAUUCCUCAAGAACCACUGAGGGACUCAGGCUUGGGUGGGGCCCAGACGCCCGUGGGGGCCCCUCCCUGUCCUCACCUUUCUUUCUUCAAGCGCCUGCCCCUCACAUCUGGGGAAAAGUGGGGCACGUGCUGAGGGAGGGCCGCCCUCUCCAAGACAGGGGAGAACUGGAAAACCCACUUGUCAGUUCCUCCCGCAAUCCCCCCAGCACAGGUGCUGGAAACUAGGUGGAGGCUCUCCCGUACCUCUACUGCCCUGGAGCAGUGGGGGAGCCAUGAUGGGGUCCUUGCUGCUCUUCCUCCUCCUGGCCCCCCUCAGCAGCUCGUUAGCAACAGGGCCAAGAGUGACUUUGCAGGUGAAGCUGAAGGAGGCUUUUCGAGCUAAGGCCUCACAGGACUCCAGCUUUCCUGAAUUGCUCCAAAAGCUCUGCCUCCUCCUCCAACUCCCUUCCGGGACCAACGUUACCCUCUAUCAGACAGGACCCCGACACCACCUCACCUGCAGAGCCUGAGCAACUGAAGCCCGCCUUACCGACAUGCAUGCAGCCCUGGGGAGCAGGGGAGGGAGAGUACUUGGGCCUGCCCUGCUGCAUGCCAAUAAACAAGCUGAAUUCAAUGACAGCGGUUCCACCAGCACGGGCGGGUGGACAGGAAAAGGGAGCUGGAUACCCAGGUCUUUGCCCUUGAUGCUGAUUUGGGUUCUGAUGGACUCCCCCUUAACACCACAGAGGCCCAGAGGGAGUAACUGAAAACAUACAGGCACACUAGACACCACCCCCCCCCCACACACACACACACAGCUGAGCUCUUUAGAGCUCCUGGGACUGGAGGCUCCCUUCAUCCCUCUCUGCCCGGGCUUUUCCACUUAUUGCCUGCAAUACUGAAUGCUUGGUAACAGGUGUUAUUGGCCCAUUUCACAGAUGAGGAAAUC